AAACGAACAUAUAGGGCCUGCCUGCACUGCCGACAACGAAAAAGUCGCUGCGACCUGUAUUAUAGUUAUGGCAGUGGCGAACCAGGAAAACCACCUUGUGAGCGAUGCAUUCGAGAGAACCAUGAAUGUAUUCUCGGACCAUCUCAUCGUGGUGGCAGAAGAAUCAAACGCAAUGCUACAGAAUCGGAACAACCAGAGACUGAUGUAUCUCGUGUUGCUUCCUCGAGUGAAGACAUCGGACAAUCUUCCGUCCCACCUGUACAACAAGACAGUAUUCAUGAGCAAAGCAACGAAAACUACCAUAGACGCUUACCAUCUUGGCAACAAUACACGCCGGGUCCGAGGAGUACACCGGCCUCAGCUCCAGAAGCGCCAACCUCUCACCCUAGCACCAAGAUGAGUGUCGACGAAAGUAUUGUUUCGACCAAUCUUCAGAAUCCCUCUGACGCCCUGGAAUUCCUGGCCAAUGUGGCUGGACGUAAUGAAGGAGCAGCUCAAACUCCUUCUGUACACGGCUCCAUGUACGCAGUCUCUCCGCAUCAGAGCGGUGCAGACCAGCACAUACAAGAUCGGACACCCUCGUCCAAUCAUCCUUCACCUUCAGUCAUGCAGAUCCAAUUUCCGCCAUACCAAAAGGGUCUUGUAUCGUUAGGCAUGAUGCACGCACUUAUAGACAGGUACGAACUUGUUAGAUACAAAAUGAAGUACCACCAAUUCUACUCGGUUGUGCCGCCUUUCCUGUUGGAGGCCGAUAACCUUGCCGCUAGUUCAGUACACGAACCCUAUCUACUAGCUGCCGUAUGCACCAUUGCUUCCAAGGAUGAGCGAUCCUGGUGGGAUACCCAUGAAGCCUGCUCGACCCACAUGCAACAGCUUAUUGCUGAACUCAUGUAUGGUGGUAUCGCCACCCUAGGAGCUGUAGAGGCACUCUUAGUGCUGGCAGAAUGGGUCCCGCGGCCGCCACAAUCAAUGACAGCAGUUGGCCGAGGAGAAGAAGAGCAGACCGCAUGGAUGCUUUCAGGCAUGGCCAUUCGAAUGGGCUAUCUCCUGGGUAUCGAUCGCACAGGGUUUGCUAAUGAAUCUGAUCUUGAAGCGCCGGACUACAUUCGCAAACGUCUUGCUUGGGUCGGAUGCUACAUGAGCGAUCGCCAUAUAUCUGUCCGCGUCGGUAAAGCCUUCUGGAGCAGAGGUCCUGCUAUGAUCAAGUUUUCAUCUCGAGAUUUUCAGGACAUCAAGUACCCGAGCAACCCUAUGGACAACUUCGCAGCUCUCUGUGAAGCGCAUCUGGAGCUCACACAACUCUUCAGCAACGCUCACGACGUGCUGUACUCCUCCAAAAACAGGAGUGCUCAAUUGAACUUUGGUGGAGAAUACGUCAAGUACAUUGAUGACUUUCGAGAAGCCAUGAGCGCUUGGUACGACCGAUGGGGAAAGUUACAAUGCACUUCGGUCAUCAAAGCAGCGCUUAUCAUAUCUUUCGAAUACCUUCGACUCUACGUCAACGCCUUUGCCUACCAAGCAACUCUGACUCGUAUGGCACAAGACUACAGCGACCAGCCAUCAUCACGGGGUCCUCAACGCUCGAACGGACGAGUAGCAUUCACGGAUUAUAUUGCUGCAACGCCAGACGCACGAUUCAUCUACGAUUCGAUUGAUUCUGCUAAGAAGCUACUCACCAUCUCCAACACUCUGCUUGAUCCUACGACAGAGUUCAGAUACAUGCCCUUGAGGUACUAUCUCUAUGUCAUUUACUCCGCUGUAUUUUUGUACAAGGCAAGAUCAACCGGAGUUCUUGGUGCGGAUGGUGGAGACGUGAAGAGAACUGUAGGAGAAGCUGUCGAACGAUUACAGAAGGCGAGCUCUUGCCAGAACGAUGUCGGAGAUCGAUACAGCAGGAUGUUGCGACUGCUAUGGCGAAAACCUCCU